CAGGGAGAGAGACAGAGAGGCAGGCUCGAUUCCCGGCAUCGCAAACCUGGGCGAGGAGGUGGCUGGCGCCGUCGCUGCUGCUUUGCGAGGAGUGAAAAUCCCGAGGACCUUUGGCGCCCCGUGGAAGGAAACGAUGUUGAAACGGCUCGAGGAUAAAUGGGCCCGCCAAACCUUAUGUGAAUACUGAUACUACUGAAGAUUAAAUAAACUUGGAUAAAUUCAGAAAUAACCAGUUAUUCCUGGAAAGAACUAUCAGCACAAUGGAUUGGAGCACAAGAUCUCCCCUGACCUCCAACUUUCAGACAAACAAUGUUCAAAUUCAGGAACGACAUCAGUCACAACCAUUUACUGCAGCAGGUUUUCAAGGAAAUGCAUCUGUUCAAAAUUCUUGUACUUACUCUGGAAAUAAUCAAACCAUAAAAAUACUCUCUAAUAGAAUGAAUACCCUUGCAAAUAACUUGCCUUUUCAAAAUCCUUUUCAAAAUACCUUACGUCCUAUUCUGCCUAAAACAUUUGUACAUAAUGACGUUCAGCCAGCCCACCUUGUACUUACGCUACAUCACAAUUCACUUGGACAUGUUUCCUCUGAGAAUGUUCAGAUGGCUGCUGGCAUGACGCAGAAUUCGAGUUUGACAAAGAAUGUGCAUAUUUCCUCCCCUGUAGUCGUACAAGGUAGUACUGAAAAUCCUAUGCAAAAUAUACCUCAGAAAACUGUUAAUCUGCCUAUUGCCUUGGAUAGCGACAAUAAUCGACCAUUACAGAAUUGUUCUAAUUCUAUGACAACUUCAGUAUAUUGGCAAAAGAGCAAAAGUAAUAGAUGUCCAAAAGGACUGCAAACGCCGAUUCGCUACUACCAUGUUAAUGGACCUGCUACCUCCCAGAUAGAUGCUACAGUGCCUUUUAGCCAGGUAUCAAGUCAGUACUCAAAUUCUCAGCAGAACCUUUCAUGCCUUGUUUUCCCUUUACAGCAAAAUACUCAAAACAAAAUAAAUGGCCCAAGUUCAAGCCUGACAGCAGCUUUGCAUUCGCAAUACUAUGCCCCUAAUAAUGUAAGUCCUAUACAGUAUGGAGUACCAGCUCAUCACAAUUCUAAGAAUGCAGCACAGGCCUUCCCUCCAGAUAGAAAUCCACCACCAUACCCAGUUCCUCCUGCACAAAAAAACCAUGGACAAUUUGUACUUCCACAGGCAGUUGCAAAUAUAUCCCAUGAAAAUGUACAGAACUAUCACAGUCCUAUGUUGGAUCAAAGUAGUAAUCUGUAUUCAGCUCAGUUUAGUGAAAAACAGCAAUCUGUACCUUUCACCCGAGAAACCAGUGAAGUAGGUAACACUCCAUAUAGUGCAAGUGGAUAUAGGACUGCAAAUCAGCUUCCUAAUGAACUAGCCAAGUCAUCAGUUGAAGUUGGAGCAAGCCUUUGUAACCGUGUUGGAACAGUUCCUUCUGAUGUAGCUUUAACACCACAAACGGGUAGGACUUUGGAACAAGAAAAUAAUCUAGCUAAUGGCUCAAGACAUUUUCCUGAGAACUUGAAGAAUAAAAUAACAAAAGAGAGACUAACUCUGGAUGGAAAGAAACUGUAUGAAUUGAAGGAGGCAUUGUCAAAAAUAGAUAAGGACUAUAAAAUGAGAUGUAAAAUGUACCUAUCUUCAGUACAGAAUGGUCAGGGUGCUGACACUUCUGUUCACAAUCAAAAUGCUGUUCACAAUCAAAAUGCUGCCUCCUCACUUCCUUCUUACAAUACCAAUCUGUCUUUGCCAGUGCCAAAGGAUUCCAAUCAAGCAAUUCAGCUUCUUCCACAUGAUACCACUCAAUCAUUUCCUCCUAUGUCCUAUAGUUCUGGUGAAGUCAAAUAUGGUCCUUUAUCACUGAAAACCAAUAAUCACUUAGAGCCAAUUCUAAGGAAUAUGCUUAAAGGUACUACUGAUGAAAAUAUGUUAUUUAACAAUUAUGUUGAAAAAGGAGGAUCCCAUCAUUUGGCCAUCAAAGAUAAUUCAUCUAGUGCUCCUAUGCUUUCCAGCAGUGAUACAUCAGAAACUCAUGUGAAUAAUAUUGAUGGUGCCUCUAGACUGAGGUCAAACAUUACAAUGGAUUCUACCCAAGUGCCUUUGACAUGCACAAAAAAUGGUCCUGGUUAUGAACUAACUACAAGAUCUGCCACCGAUCAGUUGAUGAGUUGCAGUAAGAAUACAAUGGAAAUCACUGGCCAGUAUUUUACUGACAAUGUUCAGAGUUCAAAUCAGAACCCACCUGCCUCAAAUGGAUCAUCCUUAUCAAAAAAAGAAGAAAGAGAGUGCAUUGAGCAGAGUAACACUUGUCUGCAAAAAAAUGAAAGAAAAACUGUAGCUGGGAGCAAUGAAAAUAUUUGUGAUACAUUUAAUUCAGCUUCUCUUCCAAAAACAACUGUUCAAGAAGCAGGCAUAAUGCAGAAGUCCUCAGUUACUGGAAGUCCUUCUGUAAUGACAGAAGUUAAUUGGGAGGUAAUAGAAAAGGGUCUUGCUUUAUGGACCAAACGUUUGCCAGAAACUUUGAAACACUUAUGUAAAAAUAAAGAUUCAACUGUGUCUUUGUCGUUAUCAGAAGUUGGAGUGGAUGGAGGGGAAACACAGCAGACUUUGGAAAAUCUCCCCCGUGCAUUAACUCAGAAAAACCAAACUAAAGUUACAGUUGGAUCAAAUGAAACAACAAUGUCUUCUGCACCUUCCUCUCUUGGAAAAAAACUUGAUGUCGUAAAUUCCAAUUUACUGAAGGGUUCUGAACUCCAAGUUGCCAUUGUUACUCCAUUAAUAAUGUCAAAAGAGAGUAUUCAACAUGAAGUGCAGAAAAAAACUCAUUCAUCUCUGUUGGAAGUAAUGUAUCCAAUUAUUGAAGAAAACAGUGUACAUAGUUUACAAGAGCUUAGUUCCUUAGUACCAGCUGCUAUUGAAGGGGCAGGAGGAACUGUUUGUUCGUCAUCAAACACAGGUAUUACUGUUAAGAAAGAAGAUAUAGAUAUGCAUGAAAAAACCACCAAAUCCAGUGAAGAAAACUUGAUAGUGAAAGCUGAAAUGAGCAAGGAUUGCUUAAUUCAUCAAGUUCCUCAGAAAGAUGUGAAAUCUUACAAAAGUAGUUCAGAUUUGCAAGAACCAGGAGAUGCUGUUGAAGUUGUGCAGAAUGACACUGUGUUCGAGAUAUCCAGUGUGUGUACUCUUGUACAAGGUGAUGAGUUUUACAAUUCACAAAUAGCUUGUAUUUUUAAUAGUAGCCUUUUGAAAUCUAGUAAGAAAAAUGACACUUCAGAAGAAUAUAUGCCUUAUUUGCAUCAUAGUGAGCAGCAUUCUGCCCUUUUGAAAAGUGAAUCUGAAAUUAUCACGAGUGCCUCAGAAAAAGAUACCCUUUUGGCAUCCCAAGACCACUUAUCAGAUGCCACUACAGAAAAGCUGUUAGAUGAAUUGUCGAGUUUAGAGAUUCCUCAGAGUGGGAAAGCUUCAAAUGAGGGGAAUGUCAUUGAUUCUGAGGAAGGAAAAAGCACUUCCAUGCCCCAAAGUACUCCUCUUUCAGGAGAGAAACUUGAGCAGGAUACACUCUGGGAUCAUAUUCAUAGUGCAGACUUUGGCAGUGAUAAUGAGGUUUUUCCUGUAAAUAAGGGAAACAUACUCAGUAGUAGUAUUGCAGAUGGAACAAACGCUACUGCAAAAGAGGAUGCCACAAAAAAUGCACUAUGUGAAGAAAAUCAACCAGAUUCUGGAAUCAACACUGAAGCUCCUAAAAUGGUACUAAACGAUCAGCUGACUGAACUCUUGGAAGAAUUUCCUUAUGGAAUCAGUUUUCCAAAUUCUUUAAAACCCCCAGAGAAUAACAAUUUUGUGACUAAAAUAAGUGAGAAAGAAGAUGAAGAAAAGCCUCAAAGUUCUGUGGAAACUCCCUCACAAAUACAAAUAACAAUAUUAACUUCUGAACAGAUGAAAGGAAUGUUUCCUGAACGGAGUCAGUCUUCCUGUAACAUACAAAAAAACUGUGAAGAUGACCAGUUUUCAACAGAUUUUAAAGAUGACUUGAUGGAAGAGAAUAAAAGGCAUAGUCAAACUCAUCAAGCUGUACCUUAUGACAGCAGAAAUAUCUCAGCAGAAACAACACCUGCAAAACCAAGUAAGCAUAAAUAUUGCUGCCUCCAGGGUUGGCUAGCUUCAACAAUGGGAGAGAAGCCGUGUAAAUGCAUACUGCCUGAAAAAGUUGCCUCAAAGCAGAAGGUGGACAUUUGUCCACAGUCUAAAACUACAUCUAAAGUCAAACCAGAAGCUGAUGCAAAAACUGGUCUUCAAGAAAAUGAAUCUAAAAUAGAUCCUGAAAUUGUUCCGCUAUCAUCUCUAGAAAAACUAGGCUCUCAAGAACUUGAUAUACCUGUCAAGCAGGAAAUGGAAGAAUUACCACUCCAUACAUCAUCUGCUUUGAAGACCAAAACAAUUGAAAUUAAAAUACAGAACCACACACGUGAAAGAGAUAAUGUCUCUUUAGAUAAAACACAGUGUCAUUCAGGCACAAAAGAUUUAAAAGUGGAUGCUGCUAGAACUCUCUCCAAGAAUGAAACCUCUGUUAAACAGAGAACAUCAAAAGAAAAACUUGUUGUAAGAUCAAAGAAAGAUCAUCGAAGGAGAAUAGAAAUAAAGCGCAACACAUACCAUGAAAGAUAUAAAAUUAAACGGGACUCCAGUGAAACACGCAUCAUUAGGGGACCAACUUUGAGUAAGGGUUUGAAGAGAAAAAUGGCAAUAGAAAAAAAGCAUAAGGCUUUGGUAAACCAGCAUAAUGAUGCCAUAAAGUCCCCAAAUAUCAACAGUAUUAAAAUUAAGAGCCCUAAACAUAAAUCUAUCAUGCUUUCACCAGAACAUUUAAAUGUAAGGAAGAAAUUCGAUUUUGAGAAAAACUACGGAUACAAAAAAAAUGUGGGGCACAUGAGGAUAAACAAUGAACCAAGUAGGACUGAGCAUAUGGAACACAAUGAAGAAAGUAUUCAAAGGAAAAGUCUGAAGCUAAAUUUGGAAAAAUUCGCGUAUUCGAAAGAGAAGAAGAAUGCAGGCAAUUACAGAAGUUGUCAUUUAGAUGCAUCACCAAUACACAGCCAUGCUUCCAAUAAAGAGGCUGUCCUAGAUACUCGUAAUAGAGACAAGCGACUUGAGAGAUCUCUUUCUGAUAAAAAAACAUGUUUCAGUAGAAGAACUGGUGGACUGUCAAUUUCUCUUCAAAGAGAACAAAAGAAAAAAUAUUUGAACCAAGUUGCAUUCAAAAGGAUUGCACAAAAAACCAUUUGUUUGACAAACCUAGAUUCACAUUCCAAACCAGUAUGGCAUGUGAAAUCCAGUAGUGUUUCAGCAUUGUGUAAAGAUCAAAAGAACAGCAGCGCAUCCUCUCAGCAGCCAGAAGUGGAAAAACCGCAAAUGCUUGAGUUCAAAAUGUGCCCAGAGAUAUUGUUUAGAAAAUCAGUCUCGGAAGAACAACUUUUAGAUGGAAAGAAUCUUCCUGAAAAAGACAAAACCCCUAUUACAGCUGUCAAAAGUAAAAGAGAAGACUGGUUAAAUUACAACCCAGUUAAAAGAAGAAAAACUGAAGAAUAUGAAGCUCAAGUUAAUGAUGGCAUUCCUCUUGAUACUGCAAUAAAAUUAUUGGAAGCAAUGCCUGUGAAGGAUUCUAAAGCUACAUUUCAGACCUACAAGAAAAUGCAUCUGGAAAAAAGAAGCCGAAGCCUAGAUAGCACUCCCUUAAACUAAAUGUCAUAAAUGUGAGGAAUAACAUG